GUUCGAUGUGGUGGAGUAUACUUUGUGCCUCCACUAAUUUCUCGUCCAACCUCGCUAGAGGCGUCGAGAGAAUUCUCCUCUUUGAUUGUUUGUAUAAACCCAAACCCAGAACCCAUUCAUCAUUAUAUCUCCAAUUCUUGUUUGUUUUUGUUUUAUCAACAAAGGUACUGAAACUAACAAAACCCAGAUCACAAUUCAUCGCCUAGCAACUGGGUUCUUCUAAAACCUGACUUUAUCCCUCUCUCUCUCUCUCUCUCUCUCUCUCUCUCUCAAGCUCAUUGUAAUUGUUUCUCUGGGAUGGGUGUGCUGGAGAUGUGGGUAAUCUUCACUUUCGCUCUUGUGUUCUCUUCACGAGUUCAAGUUUCGAAUUCCCAUAACAUCACAUGCAAUUCGAACGAUCUUCAGGCUUUAGAGGCUUUCUUGGUUGGAUUAGAUUCAGGAACUAUCAAUGGUUGGGGAACCUCAAAUUGCUGUAACUGGUCAGGAAUCACCUGCAAUUCAUCUUCUUCACUCGGUUUCUUCAACGAUCCUAUCGAUUCCGGUAGGGUUGUGAAAUUGGAACUCUCGGGGAAGAUAUUGGCUGGCAAACUCAAUGAAACUACUUUCACUGGUUUAGACCAACUCAGAACCCUAAACCUCUCUAUCAAUUUCCUCCGAGGCUCUCUUCCUCCAUCUCUGUUUCAAAUGUCAAAUCUACAAGUCAUCGACCUCAGCAGAAACGAUUUCUCUGGUUCAAUUCCGAUGAGUAUCAACCUCUCAUUUCUCGAGAUCUUCGACAUUUCUGAUAAUUCAUUCGAAAGCUCGGUUCCUGUGGGGAUUUGUAUCAAUUCAACUCGAAUUCGGAUCAUUGAUUUUGCUGUGAAUCACUUCUUUGGUAGAAUUCCAUCUGGGUUUGGGAAUUGCAGCUCGUUAGAACACCUCUGGCUUAGUCAAAAUUUUCUCGCCGGAGAUAUACCGGAGGAUAUUUUCCGGCUACCAAGAUUGAACCAGUUGGAUCUUCGGGAUAAUCGGUUUUCGGGUGAGCUCAACAGUGGAAUUGGUAAUUUCUCUGAUCUUGUUGGUUUGGAUAUAUCAUGGAAUUUGUUUUCAGGGCCUAUCCCAGAUGUUUUUCAUAGAUUUGCAAAGUUACAAGAAUUUUAUGCUGAAUCCAAUAAUUUUUCUGGUGGAAUUCCCAAUUCUCUGGCGAAUUCUAGGACUAUUACUUCACUUGUUUUGAAAAACAAUUCUUUGAAUGGUGUAAUUGAUUUGAAUUGUUCUAAAAUGAUCCAUCUGGUUUAUCUCAAUUUAGGCGGUAAUCAGUUCACCGGGCUAGUUCCUGAUAAUUUCCCACUCUGUCCGCGACUAAAAAUACUCGGUCUUUAUGGAAAUAACUUUACCGGGCAAAUCCCAGAAAGCUUUAGGAAUUUUCAUGUUCUCUCUCUGCUUUCAUUAUCGAAUUCGACCAUUUUUAACCUCUCAGCUGCCCUUGAUAUCUUGCAGCAUUGCCAGAGCUUGACUACUUUGGGUCUUAUCUAUGAAUUUCAUGGUGAACAAAUGCCUUCCUUUCCUAGUCUAAAGUUUAAAAAUUUGAAGGUUCUCUCUAUUGGAAAUUGUGGACUCACUGGUGUGUUUCCCCAGUGGUUGAGUGGGUUAACAAAUUUGCAGGUGUUGGAUUUAUCAGGGAAUCGAUUGGAUGGAACAAUUCCGCCAUGGUUAGGUAAUUUUGAGUUUCUGUUUUACCUUAACUUGUCGAACAACUAUUUUACCGGAGAGAUACCAAAAAACUUGACUAAAUUAGAGUGCCUCAUCUCCAAGGAUGUCUUACUGGAAGACUCUACUCUACGCCUGCCAUUCCGAUCUUCAUUCCAAGCAGGCAUUAGAAUGUUACAAUAUAAUCAAUUUUGGAAGUUGCCACCCACACUUGAUCUCAGCAAUAACUCUCUCACCGGACCCAUCUGGUCAGAGUUUGGGAACCUAAAAAAAUUGCAUUAUUUGGUCCUAAAAUGCAACAAUUUAUCUGGAAACAUUCCUGAGGAUUUGUCUGGUAUGACGAACAUAGAGACUUUGGAUUUGUCCCACAAUGAUCUAUCUGGAGCUAUACCUCUUUCGUUGGUAAAUCUCAGCUUUCUGUCAGUGUUCAAUGUUGCUUACAAUCAACUGUAUGGGGCAAUCCCUACCGGAGGGCAGUUUGAAACCUUUCCAAGCUCGAGCUUUAAAGGGAACCUAGGUCUAUAUGGUGGUGAACAUUCAUCCCGGUAUCCGAUUAGCAAUCAAGUUCCUCAAGUAGUUUCUCCUAGUAAGUCGAUGUGGGGAGAGAUUAUUGUCAAAAUGUCAUUUGGGGUGGGAUUUGGGAUUGCAUUUGGGAUAACUUUUGCUGUUAUGUUCUUUUUUGUUCUAAACAAAUUAACAUUUUACAAAAAUUGACCUUUGAGUUGAAUAUUAGAGAGAUUUCACAGAGAAGUCCCAUGAUAUAUAAAAGAAGGAAUUGUAUUUUGGUGAACAAACCAUUGAUAUGAUGAUUGAAAUAAUUGAAUGAUUCAAGAUAA